ACUGCACGCAAAGGGGUGUACGACGUACGUACUACGCUCAACUUCAGCAGACGCACGACGACUAAAUAUGUCGAGCACGAGGCUAAUUCGAAAGCUCUUGAAACGUCUAUGACUCACGAUGUGCUAGGGCUUCCUGUGCACAGGCUAACUUGCCAUUGCCGCUGUACAACCGACAAAUAGCUUCGGCGAGUGCAGCAAGCAGCACUCAAUAUGUGGUGUCAUCUUCAAUACCUCCGUGUGUCAUGCCUGUUCCAUGCAUUCCCAAGCGACACGACCCGCUCCAGACUUCUUCGCUCGCAAAUCUCGGUAACACAAUCUCUUCCAAUGCCCCCGGCAUCACUCCCCAUUUUGUGCCAUUCGCUGCGAAUGAUGUUUCACGAUACGAUAAUCGUCCUCUUGUAGAUAAUUCUCGCAAGUGUGAUAGAAUUCCAGCGUUCAUGAGGAAAUUCCCCAACGAAUCAUAUUCAUGGUUGAAUGGUGAUUGGCAGUCAUGUAUACAUCCCGAAGGCGCGCUGUAUUUUUAUAACGACCGCAGAAAAACAUUCACUGAAGCGAACAUGGACGAAACUACGUUCUGCUUGAUCGACGGAUACGUAGAUGGACUAUACGACCUAGCACGCGCAGAAUCAGUGAACCUCCAAAUCGAUGACAUCGAGCUCGUUGUGCAGUUAUGGCCGGCUGAACCCGAGGAUGAACAAGUGUCCUGUCAAUAUUACUUUGUUGACCACGCUUUUCGAACUCUCUUUUGGCUUCACGACCACGAUCAAGCGACAGUGAACAUUUUUAGCGGGCUCCAAGCCGUCGCUGAUCCGAGCCACAUUCGAUAUGCCCUGGAGUCUGAGUACUGGACGCACUGCGAACGCUACCCGAACCACCAGAUGGAUCGAGUCAAGCUUCUCAAGGAACUGAGGGAGGUCGUCAUGCAUGCGAGUGCAGAGAUCAUCACUUCGGAUAUGUCGUUGUCGCCGUUUGACGCCGAUGAACUCUCCAGAAUCCUGGAGCUGAUCAACCAUCUUAAAGAGAAUGCCGAGGAAAAUGAUUUCCCUCAUUCAACUUGUAUCAUCGCGAGGUUCAUGCAUUACUUCUAUAGAGCCAAGUUUUUCAACUUCUGUGGUCUACCCUGUGCUCGUCUCGAUGCCGACAGAUCUGUGUACAAGGAGGAUGCUGCCGUGCGUCCACUGACCAGCAGCCUUUCUUUGGCUCUCGAUGCCAUGCUUUUUUGGGCUCCGCAAGCGCACUUGAAAGAUAUUCGAAGGGUGUGGGUUGACGAGUGCAUCAACACGCCGCGGUGGAAAGACUUUAACAGUAAACUCAUGGCGGAAUGGACUGGGAUCACGAUCUACUCUACCGUCAUGUUGGCCGUAGAUGUGAGUUUUCUUGCAGUGCCGAACGUAAACAUCAGCCAGUCGCAAUCGAUCGGGAUCGUUUCUACCUACCUUUCGAUUAUUUUCAUCACCGGCUCGUUGAUCGCCUCAGUCCUGCUCGCGCGUCAGAACCAGAGAUAUGGUUUUGAAUCAGCCGACAAAGCGGCUGAAUUCCUCUCAAAUUUGACGGGCACAUUUUUUGGAGUGAAAGCCCUCGCAACGGUUCACAGUCUGCCAUACGCAAUGCUUAUGUGGGGGAUGAUCUACUUUGCAAUUGCCCUUCUGUACAACGUGUUCAAAUCUACGACGACGGCCAUGCUAGCAUCAGUUGCCAGCGGGUGUGUGGUCGUCACCAUGUUCAUAUUGUGGUUCAUCUGGGCUGCGAGAGAGGUUCAUGUUUUCAGGCGACUGGCUAAGCUCAUUCUUUCUUCCGUGUUUGUGAAAGAUACCCAACCUUAGCACUUUGGGAUUUUAUCACCGUCAACUUUCCAUACAAUGGUGUUGGCAGAAGGCUUAAGAUACACUGAAUCUGUUAUCUCCUUAGCACUACAUUUCGAGGGAGUAUCUUAGUUAUUACGCUCUUCGAUGUGCAAGCACUAGCUAGAUCAAACAUAUAUCGAGGACAAGAUCAUGAUGUGCAUGUUUCUCAUCUGUAAAC